GAGUUAGAGGAAAGAGAAGUACUGAAGAUGGAGAAAGAAUUGAGAGUCAAAGUGCAGAUGCCAGCAGACGCGGAGAGCUACAAAGUUCAAAAAAUCGCUGAGGGAGAAAGAGAAAAGGCACUGAAGGCAUCUUUGGCAGAAGGAAAUUGCAUUAAAAUGAAGGGGGAAGCAGUGGCUAUUGUUACAGAAAAGGUGGGGAAGGCCCAAGCCUUGGAAAUGAAGAUGAAAUCCAACGUUUACAACAAGUAUAGUAAAUCAGCCAUUACGCAACUAGUGCUGACGUCACUACCGAAGAUUGCUGCAGAAAUAAGUGCACCGUUGAAUAAAGUGGAAGAGAUGCUAUUGGUUUUCAAUGAUGAAGAUGAUAUCGGAGAAGACAUCUUUGAUAAGAUUCUAACCAAGUUGGAAAACACACCAGAUAUCCUGAAAGUGGUGGAGGAAACUAUUAAAGAACUACUUGGACUUGAGCAAGAAAACAAAGUUUGAUUC